UCUCCCAAUCCAAUCUCUAUUACUUAUAGCCAUGAAAAAAGCUCACUUCUUCUACUCUACCAAAUGGAAAAAAAGUUAUCUUUCGACUCUCUCCUCUUCCAAAAAACUACUGAAGACCACAAGGCCUUCUCCUCCACCUCUCCUACUUCUCCAUGGGCGCCUCCCUUGAAGCUAAACUCAUCAAUGAUGGAGGAGGACGAGGAGGAGGAGGAAGAGGAGAUUGUUAUGCGCGGGCUAAGCUCUGACCGCCUCUUCUUCGAAUCCGGCGGCACGAGCUCGUUGCUUGUAGAAACGGAAGGCAAAGAUGACUGUCGUGAGACGACGCCGGCAUUCGACUGUGGGGUGGCGGUGGCCGUCGACUCAACAGACCCAUUGGGAGACUUCAGAGUGUCCAUGGAAGAGAUGGUGGAAGCUCAUGGAGUACUGAUAGAUUGGGCUUGGAUGCAGGAAAUGCUUGGCUGGUUUUUGAGAGCUAAUGGUAAAGGUAACCAUGGCUUUAUAAUUAGCGCGUUCUUGGAUUUAGUUGUGAGCUUGGCUUCUUCUUCUUCCUUUUCUUCUUCUCCAUUCGAAAGUUGUCCUCUCUCAUGUUCUUCAAGUUCUUCCUAUAGUUGUAAUCAAGUCGAGGAAAUGGAGGGGGAUGAAAAUGAGUAGAAGAAUUAAAUUCAUUGAUUUGUUGUUGGAGAUUUGUCUUAAAGCUUGGUUUCAGAGCUUUCAUGGCGGUUUCAAUGCAUAGAUUAAAGAAAAUUUUAAAGGAAAAAAAAAAAAAAAAAACAUGGCGAUGAAGAACAAAGCUAAGAAUUCAUGAUGGUGAAUGAUUCUGUCUGUAUUUAAUUUUGCUGUUUGUGAAAGCAACGGGCAUUAAUACCAACUUGUCUGAUUUUUGUUACUGCAUCAGACUCUCUGCAGUAAAUGUUUAGAGCUAAUUAUUGUGUCAGAGUUACAGUCUUACUUAAAAAGAACUCUCUUCAGCUCCCAAUGUCUUCUUUCCUA